UUCCUGCUAUAUAAAAUAACUGGGAAGAUUAAAGCUUAUUUGCAAGCCCAUCAGCUUUCGCUGCUUCACAGUCUAUUAUAUUUUUAUUUAUAGAGCUUGAUAUAGUUACUGGCCGUUGGGUAAGUUUCAGCAUAAGACAAAACUACUCUUCUAAUCGGCUACUUUAAUUUCUUAAAUGCAUUGUCGAAUCGCGCAUGCGCAAUGGAACGGUUUGUGUUAAGAAGACGACGACGAAGAAGAACCUCAGCUCGUGUUCGGGAUGAGGCAGCAAAACUAGGUAUGCUCUUAACAACCAUUUAUAAACCUUGAUGUCAUUGUAUUGCGUAUAAACACACACACACACACACACACACGUGUGCGUGUGCAUGCAUUUAUUUAUUUAUAGAUUCUGAACCUUUUUUCCUUCGCGCCAUAAAAUAACUGGGAAGAUUAAAGCUUAUUUUCAAGCCCAUCAGCUGCUGCUGCUUCACAGUCUAUUAUAUUUUUUUAUUAACAGAGCUUGAUAUAGUUACUGGCCAUUGGGUAAGUUUCAGCAUAAGACAAAACAACUCUUCUAAUAGUCUACUUUAGUUUCUUAAAUGCAUUUUCGUCUCGCGCAUGCGCAAUGGGAUGGUGUGUGUUUGAAGAAGACGACGUCGACGAAGAAUUUAAGCUCGUGUUCGGGAUGAGGCAGUAAAGUUAGUGGCCCAUAUGUGACAGUGAUAGCACAGGACUGCACAGUUCAAAAGAACGCAGGUGCUCAAUGCACCAACAUCUCAGAUCUUUACACACAAACAGAACAUCACUGUUGAUGACAAGAAUUUUGAAAAUCUGUCUGAAAUCAGGAAUUCCUGAAUGUACUGAGGGAAAGUUUACAUCAAAGUACCCAUCAUCUUAUGAAGCCAGCAUGGAGUCCAAAAGGAAAGAGAUGGUGGAAGAAAUGAAGAAACGUCGUCUUAACGUUGCACUGAUAGCCCGGAACAUGAAUUCUACAUUUGCCUUGCGUAGAAAGGAAUUGAUAGAGAAGGAGCCUGCUGUGAAGAAUACAGUGGAAAGGUGGCCAGCCCUCUUCACACAUAGUCAGAUCAUGGCAGAGUUUAAUCGUAUAUCAGGCAAAAACCUGCAAACUGAAUUCUUUCAAAAACUGGACAGAUUUACUCCACGUUUCAUCGAUAUCUUCAGGGCUAAAGGUGGAGACAUUGGUUCCAAACUUAAGAAGAUUCUGCAGCAGAUUGAAAAUGACAAAUCAAACAUCAAUGCGGGACGAACAGCCGUUCUUCACGGCCUACCACUCCUCCUCGGAGAGGACCCCUCCGAUUUUUACAAGACAUGUUUUGACUGUGAUGACAAUGAAGACAUGUCGGACGUUGAAAUCGGUAUUCUGACAGUGAUUAACCCGAGGGCUCUGCAACUGUACACUACUCCCUGCAUCUUGGUGCCACAACAACGGCAAUCAUUUUGGAAGGUACAGUGGUUGUGGAUGAUCUUGAAAAUCUUCCACAAGCAACGUGUCUGCUCUUGGACUAAUUUAUGCUCUAAACUUAGAGUAUCCUGCAGCACUGAAAUGCACAUUCGACUUCAUACAAAGAGUGAUUUUGUCCCUUGGCCACAAGUCACUCAAAUCUUAAAUCCAAUCACUGAAAAAUCGCCUGAUGCAGUAAUAGAUCAUAGCCAUGAUGCUAGUUUGAGUGAAUAGAAGCUGUCUUUAAGAAAACUAAAGAAAUUGUUGAGUACUGUUUUACAGGUACUUCAGUUUUUUCCAAUUGUUGAAAAAAAAAAAAAAAAA